CGGCACGCGGCGAGGGUCAUCCCAGCCGCAGCCCGGAAGAGCCGACAGUGGGUCCGCAGUGGGGUGGCUCGCCCUCUAGGUUCGACUGUAGGUUCAGUGGUGCAGUUUCGAAGGCCAGUCCCCGUGCUCUCGCAGGGUCCCCUGCUUCUGUGUCCUCAUUGCCGCCAGGAACCCCCUCUCACGGCCUGGACGCCAGGCCUGAGGCCGUGCGCCAUGGACUUCUCCAAGUUCUUGGCCGACGACUUCGACGUGAAAGAGUGGAUUAAUGCGGCCUUCAGGGCUGGCCCCAAGGAGGCUGCGGCGGGGAAGGCGGACGGCCACGCGGCCACGCUGGUGAUGAAGCUGCAGCUGUUCAUCCAAGAGGUGAACCACGCCGUGGAGGAAACGAGCCACCAGGCCCUUCAGAACAUGCCCAAAGUGCUCCGUGAUGUCGAAGCCCUGAAACAGGAGGCGUCUUUUCUGAAAGAACAAAUGAUUCUCGUCAAGGAGGACAUUAAAAAAUUUGAACAGGACACAUCGCAGUCGAUGCAGGUAUUGGUAGAGAUUGACCAAGUCAAGUCCAGAAUGCAGCUUGCUGCCGAGUCUCUUCAGGAAGCAGACAAGUGGAGCACAUUGAGUGCUGAUAUUGAGGAGACAUUUAAGACUCAAGACAUAGCUGUGAUUUCUGCCAAGCUAACUGGUAUGCAGAACAGCUUAACGAUGCUCGUUGAUACGCCAGACUAUUCAGAAAAAUGUGUGCACUUGGAGGCUUUGAAGAACAGGCUGGAGGCCCUGGCCAGCCCCCAGAUUGUAGCAGCAUUCACUUCUCAGUCCAUAGAUCAGUCCAAAAUGUUUGUGAAGGUUUUUACUGAAAUUGACCGGAUGCCUCAGCUCCUUGCAUACUACUACAAAUGUCACAAGGUGCAGCUCUUAGCAGCCUGGCAGGAGCUGUGCCAGACCGACUUGCCCCUGGCCCAGCAGCUCACUGGUCUCUACGAUGCCUUGCUCAGCACCUGGCACACACAGACCCAGUGGACCAUGCAGGUUUUCAGGAACCCCCACGAAGUGGUGACAGUGCUGCUGAUUCAGACCCUGGGGGCCUUGGUGCCCUCCCUGCCCGUGUGCCUCAGCGCCGGAGUGGAGCGGGCAGGGCCCGAGCUGGAGCUCACCAAGCUGCUGGAGUUCUACGACACCACCGCGCACUUCGCCAAGGGGCUGGAGAUGGCGCCGCUAUGCCCUGUCCAUGAGCACAACAUGGUGAAAGUUGUGGAACUGGUGGACGCUGUGUACAGUCCUUACAAGCCCUACCAGCUGAAGUACGGUGACAUGGAGGAGAGCAACCUGCUCAUCCAGAUCAGCGCCGUGCCUUUGGAGCACGGCGAGGUGAUCGACUGUGUGCAAGAGCUGAGUCACUCUGUGAACAAGCUCUUUGGCCUGGCGGCGGCAGCUGUUGACAGAUGUGCCAGAUUCACCAACGGCCUGGGCACCUGUGGCCUACUGACAGCCCUGAAGUCUGUCUUUGCCAAGUAUGUGUCUGACUUCACCAACACUCUCCAGUCAAUACGAAAGAAAUGCAAACUGGAUGAUAUUCCUUCCAGCUCCAUUUUUCAGGAAGACUGGACGGCUUUUCAGAACUCCAUCAGGAUCAUAGCCACCUGUGGAGAGCUCUUGAGGCAGUGUGGAGACUUGGAGCAGCAGCUCGCAAACAGGAUUUUGUCCACAGCCGGGAAGUAUCUGUCUGACUCCUACAGCCCUCGGAGCCUGGCUGGCUUUCAGGAGAGCAUCUUGACAGACAAGAAGAGCUCUGCCAAGAACCCAUGGCAGGAAUAUAAUUACCUCCAGAAAGAUAACCCUGCCGAAUAUGCCAGUUUAAUGGAAAUACUUUAUACCCUCAAGGAGAAAGGGUCCAGUAAUCACAACCUGCUGGCUGCUUCCCGGGCUGCCCUGACUCGCCUGAACCAGCAGGCUCACCAACUGGCAUUCGAUUCCGUUUUCCUGCGCAUCAAACAGCAGCUGCUGCUUGUUUCCAAGAUGGAUAGCUGGAACACGGCCGGCAUCGGAGAAACCCUGACGGAAGAGCUGCCCGCCUUCAGCCUCACCCCUCUCGAGUACAUCAGCAACAUCGGACAGUACAUCAUGUCCCUGCCCCUGAAUCUUGAGCCGUUUGUGACUCAGGAGGACUCUGCCUUGGAGCUGGCCUUGCGAGCCGGGAAGCUGCCGUUUCCUCCUGAGCAAGGGGACGAGCUGCCCGAGUUGGACAACAUGGCCGACAACUGGCUGGGCUCCAUUGCCAGAGCCACGAUGCAGACCUACUGCGACGUGAUUCUCCAGAUCCCCGAGCUGACCCCGCACUCCACCAAGCAGCUGGCCACGGACAUCGGUGUUUGGAAUGUGGAUAUUUGAGUACUUCACACACGCUGCCACACAGUACUGAGUGACUGGGGCGUCUCUGUGAGAGGGCACCGGAAGGAGAACAGGUGCAGGGUACGGGCUGGUGUAAUUCCAGUAUAAGACUGAGGACAGGGGUGUCAGGGUGGAAGACGGCAUUGCUUAGAUGAGUGCCCCGGACCAGAAGGGUGAAGUUGUGCAGCACAGAGCUCUGGGGGAGUCUUCCAGCCCAGGAGGUAGGGUGCACCAGACCCCGAGGGAUGUCCAGAAUCAGCCAGGGCUGCUGCAGAGGAGGGGAAUGUGGAGGGAGGUAGGAAGGUAGGUAGAGGAAGUGGGGCCAGAUCAAUCAGGUUUUGCAGGCCAUGGCAAGAAUUUGGGCUUUUACUUUUGCAUUGAAAAAAUUUAUGGGAUGACAGGCAUGGUGGCACACAGCUUUAAUCCCAGCAUUCUGGGAGGC